UGAAAGCUCUAUUUAGUUUAAAUUGGCCCAAUGAAAAUACGGAGCAGUUUCUUUAGUCUUCCGCUUUCGCGCGAAAAAACCUGCACGCUUCUUCUAAUUUCCCUCCAGAAUCAAUUUUAGGGUAAAAAUAAAAUCAUAUUCAAUUUUAUCUUCGCUCCAAUCGUACAUCGACGGGAGAAAAGAAUGGCAAAAAGUUUCAAAGAUGAUCUCCGGGACGUGCUGGCCGGUCUGUCAUCGUCGCCGUCGUCGUCUCCGAGCAAAUCCGCAGCUUAUUCAACGCUAUUGCACCUCCAGCAGCUCUCAUCUACCAGCAGCGCCGACCCCGUUCUCAUCACAUUGCUCGCAGAAUCGUCUUCCUCGCUCCUGCAAUCGAUUCUCGUUGAUAUCUUCGAUCGCGAUGAGGAAAUGAUUUCUGUACAGGCUUUGAAGUGUUUGGGGUUUAUGAUUUAUCACCCUUCUAUACUUGCUUCUAUUAAAGGUGAGGAUUCCAGCUUUAUUGUUGAGUCACUUGUUAAGGUUAUCACAACAACCAAGAUAAAGUGGGUUUGCAAUUUGGGUUUGUGGUGUAUAUCUAUGCAACAGUUUACCACUACGCUUUUGGACACACAUUUUCAUGCAUUGCUGAGGGCAAUUUCCCAUGGCCUCGAUAAUCCUAUGGGCUCUCUUUCUAUAACAUUUGAGGCUAUGCAGGCUGUGAUGAAGUUGGCUGGUUCAAUGGGUGAAAAGAUGAGAAACUCAUCAAAUAUUUGGGUUCCUCCCCUUUAUAGAAGACUUGCAAGUGAUAAUAAAAGGGAGAAGGAAAUGUCUGAGAGAUGCUUGCUAAAAGUGAAGACCAUUAUAUGUCCUCCACUAAUUGCUCUUUCCAAGAUGGUUGUUCUAGACAUGAAGAAAAAGCUGCUUGCAGAAAUAGAAGAAAUGGUUAAUCGUGGCAAGAAGAUUGAGGCUCUUAAAGCAUGGGGGUGGUUUAUACGCUUACUGGGACCGUAUAUGACCAAACAUAAGGAUUUAGUCAAUGAGUUGCUUAAACUUCCAACACGGACAUUUUCAGACUUAGAUCCACAAGUUCAGAUUGCUUCGCUGGUUUCAUGGGAAGGUUUGAUCGAUGCAUUAAUCUGCUCCCCAUUCAAUGAUCCUGAGACCAGUUCAGCUACCAGGAAUGCUUCAAAAGAUAUGAAAAUUUAUGAAGGGGACUGUAAAAAGAUGAUUUCAAAUGGAUUUUCUAAGAAGCUUAAGCUUAUAAUGACACCUCUUGCAGGAAUCAUGACAAGUAGAUGUGAUGUAUCCGUUCAUGUAGCAUGUCUGUCUACUUGGUGUUAUCUAUUGCAUAAGCUUGAUACCUCUGUCAGCCAUGAUUCAGUGGUCAGAAUUGCAUGCCAACCAAUUUUAGAAGCCAUAUUCCAAACCGGACCCAAGGACUGCAACAGAUACUCAUGGAAUUUUUGUAUUGAACUGCUUGAUAAUUUUAUACUAACAAGAAGUGGUCAAAAUGAAAGCAUUAAUGUCCACUUAGGUGCUGACCUAUCUCCUAUCAAAUGGUCACCAUGGGAUUUAAGUCAGCUAGACUUUUUUGUAAAUACUAUACAUUAUCUGCUCAAUCGAGGAUCUGAUCCUGCGAGGCAUGAAGAAUUAGUUACAUUGACAUACAAUGCUACGUCAAGGCUAUUCAGAUCUUUGUUGAGAUCAGUUCAGAAUUCCUUAAGAUGUGAACUUGUCACUUACGAUGAGGUUAUGCUAUGUUUAAAUGUAAUUUUGAAGUUCUUCAUUGAGAUUCUUGAAAUCUCGAGUUCAGACAAUACAAUAUCCCUUCAGCUUUUGUGUGCUGCAAUGGAGGAGUUAGAUCCAUCAAUACUGGAAUCUCCUUUGUACAAAGUGGCCUUGGACAUAAAAGUUCUUGAAAACGUACAACCAAUUUGCAGGAAUCUCAAAACAUCAGAUAUUGGCAGUCUGGCUUAUAUGGAAAUGGUUUCUCCCGCAGUGUAUAUAAGUGUUUUGUACUUUGUCACGGUCAUUAAGUCUCCAUUGGUUGUAACACCCAAAAUAUACAAGUAUUUAAAAUUAAUACUCUCUUCAUAUGACAAGGUGGAGAUGCUCAAGAUGUUAGUCGGUUUAUUAUAUACUCACAAGGAAUCAAAUUGCUUUGAGAUAUGGGUCACCCUUGCAAAGUGUCUUAAUGAAUUUGUAAUGGAAGAUGAGUCCGGUUAUUCUGCAGUUAUGCUUCUCCUAAACUAUCCAUUUGCUGCUUAUCCUGUUCAUCAAGGGCAGUUUGAGAUUACACGUGCCAUUGAAGCAUGGGAAUUGUUUUAUGAUUAUAUAAGUAAAUGCUCACAAAUUUGCCAUUUGAUUAUCACAAGGGACGUGUUUGAAAUGUUGAAUGGAAGCAUUGAUGAAAACUGUGAGAGGGGUGAUUUUGCUAUGUUAUUAGGUAAUGCUAUGGCAUGUGUUUUGGAUAAGGCUAUUAAUGAUAAACACAAUAACAAAGAUGGUGAUUCUGGGAGCCUCAACAAUGUCAUGAGUAGCCUGGAAUUUGCCUUCAGGUUCAUGAAGAUCCCCUGGGUGGUGGAAGAAAAAAAUUUGCAAAUAAGUUUCAGUAUAGCAUCAAGGUUACUAUCAAAGCUGGUGAACUUCAUUGGGUGUUUUCCAUUUCAUCAAGCUUUUAUCUCGUUUAAUGAGGUUACAACAAAGCCACUGCUUCUAUGGCUAUCACAUAUGGAUCUUCAAGACAAUUGCUUCAAAGAUCAACUCCCCCUAUUAUGGUCUGAAAUCCUGAAGAAUCUGCAGAAGAACCAAUUAGUUAUAAACUUUGAUUCUUCAUUUCUCAAACUGCAGUCCCCCGUUCUCCAGAAAACUCUCGACCACCCGUGCCCGGAAAUCUCCAACCCGUCCGUCCAGUUUUGGGACGCCACAUACGGCAAACAGAUCAAUUUACAGUACCCUGAAAACCUGCUUCGCAUUCUUGACAAGCUUUCGAGGAAUGGGAGACUGACCCUAUGCAGAAAAACUUCCCCUAGUGAAAUGGCGUGGAAGGUCAGCAGUGCCUCCUCCCUCAACCGGUGUUCUAAAAGGGUUGAGUUUGCGGGUGUUGUUGGCGGGAAACGGGCACGUGGCGAGCUGACCGAACACCAGAAGGAAGUGAGACGUGCUCAACAAGGGCGGGGGAGUGACGCCCUCGGACGGGGCCCGGGAAUCCGGACGUACACCAGUGUUGAUUUCUCUCAAGAUAAUAAUGAAGAGUCACAAGAGAGUCAAGACAUCAGGGACACUGAUUGCAUCAUGGAGAUGGUGAGGAAAAUUCAAUAGGAUAAAGCCAGGCCAUCCUCUUUUAUAAAAAUUUGCAUAUACUUUUCAAUAUAUAGAUUUAGUUUGCAAAAAUUGACCCCCUGAAACCUCAUUGUUUUACACUAGAUAUGUACACAAAUGAUACUUAAAUUAAAGGACUUGUUCAUGG